UUGUUGUUUAACCCCCAAACGCGCUUAAGCCUGGUCCACGCUUCCCCUCACGAACGCACCGUUGCCGUACACCUGUGAUGAUUCGAUAAAACGACCAGCGUUUCGAGAAAGAGAGAGAAACACGAAGCGUUCUAGAGUGAGGAAGAGAAAAAAAAAAAAACACACACACAGAGCGAGAGGGUGUGCGUGUGUGUGUGAAUGCGUGUGCGAGAUCUGAUCGGAAAACACAAAAGGUAAUCGAGCUUUCGAAACCCUGAGUAUUUCUCUUCGUGAUUCGUUUUUUACGGUUGAUCUGGUUCUGAGUGAGGCUUGGGGAUUUUGGCGGUGGAAGGAAGCCCUAGGAAUUUCUAGGGUUUUGAUUUUUUUUCUUCUUUUCUUGGGUUUUUGGUUUUGGUUUUUUGGUUUUUGUGUAUUCUUUGAUUUGGUGGUGUGUAAAACCCUAGGAUUUGGGGGAUUUGGUAUUGGUGUUAGGAUUAGGGUUUUGGAUGUAUGGCUUCGGAGCCUAUGGUUGGAGGAGAUGAUGAAGCCAGAGAGAAACAGAGAUUCGGGGAGAGAAAGGUUUACACGAGGAGGAAAGUAAAGAAAGACCCUAAAGCCGUUGCUUCCGCCAUUGAAAAUAACGGCACCGCCACUUCCACCGUUACCAAUGACAAUAGUGUCAGUAACAGCACCGUUCAGAAGAGCAACACUGGUGAGGCCAAGAGCAAAAGUGAUAAUGUUUCGGUUCAGCCUCCGGCACGGCAACAAGCUGUGCUGGAGGAUGGGGAUUCGGCUCAGCCAAAAGUGGGUUCGGGAUUAGAGGAUGGGAAUUCGGGGCAGCCACAACUGGAGGAUCAAAAUAUGGUUCAAACUGAAGUGGGUUCAGGAUUGGAGGAUGGGAAUAAGGCUCAGCCGCGAGGGGAGGAUCAGAAUAUGGCACAGACGCAAGAGGGAUCGAGAUUGGAGGAUGAGAAUACAGCUCAGCCGCCAGGGGAGGAUCAUAAUUUGGCACAGACGCAAGUGAAUUCAAGAUUGGAGGAUGGGGAUAUGGCUCAACCGCAAUUGGAUGAUCAGAAUAUGGUUCAACCUCAAUCAGAGGAUCAGAAUAUGGCUCAAUCUCAAUCAGAAGAUCAUAUUAUGGCUCAACCUCAAUCAGAAGAUCAGAAUAUGGCUCAACCUCAAUCAGAGGAUCCAAAUAUGGUUCAUCCUCAAUCGGAGGAUCAGAAUAUGGCUCAACCUCUAAUGGAGGAUGAGAAUACAGCUCUGCCACAAUUGGAAGAUGAGAAUACAGCUCAGCCACAAUUGGAAGAUGAGAAUACGGCUCAGCUGCAAGGAAGUUCAAAAUUGGAAGAUGAGAAUACAGCUCAGCCGCAAGUGACUUCCAGAUCAGAGGAAGGGAAUACGGCACAGCCUCAAAUGAGUUCAAGAUCAGAGGAAGGGAAUACGGCACAACCUCAAAUGAGUUCAAGAUCAGAGGAAGGGAAUACGGCACAGCCGCAAGUGAGUUCAAGAUCAGAGGAUGGGAAUACGGCUCAGCGGCAAGUGAGUUCAAGAUCAGAUGAUGGGAAUACGGUUCAGCUGCAAGUGAGUUCAAGAACAGAGGAUGGGAAUACAGCUCAGCCACAAGUGAGUUCAAAAUUGGAGGGUAGAAAGUCCCCUCAGCCGGAAGUGAAUUCGAGAUUGGAGGAUGGGAAUUCUCCUCGGCCACAAGUGAAUUCAAGUUUGGAUGGGAAUACAGUUCAGCCAUCGGCAGUGCUGGUUUCUGAUGACUCGCGCAGCCGGCAGCCUGAUGAACCUUCUAGCCUCAAUGUUCAGCAGCAGGAUGAUGGACCUUCAAGCCCCAACCGUCAGCAGGAGGCAGUUCCUAGCUCCCGAGACCUUAUUUUGGGAAAUGGGGUUGCGGAACCAUGGCGGAGGGACCGAAUCAAGAUAAACCUGGCAUCAAAAUCAAAGCAGCAGAUGCGGGAGCUUCGGUGGAAGCUUGAAAGUGAGCUUGGUGUUGUGAGAAGUUUGGUUAAUAGGAUUGAAGUGAAGCAGAGGCAAGUUGGUGGCUUUGGCAACUCAGAUGUGCUUAUUGACAGUGGGAUUAAUAAUGUUGGUGGAGCCAAGCGUGCUCAUUCAGAAGUGGCAUCUGCUUGUGUUCCACGGGAACCUGCCAGUACCAGGCCUUUGCACCAGUUAAGUUUGUCAAUGUUGGAGAAUGGUCAAGGGAUCUGUGAAACUGUUGAGAAGGAGAAGAGAACACCUAAAGCAAACCAAUUUUAUCGUAACUCAGAGUUCUUGCUUGCGAAGGACAAAUUUCCGUCAGCAGAGAGUAACAAGAAGUCGAAAUUAAAUUGGAAGAAGCAAGGUGGGGGAGAAAUGGGACAUGGUUUUGGGAUGGGAUCUAAAUUUUUCAAAAGCUGUAGUUCACUGCUUGAAAAAUUGAUGAGACACAAGCAUGGUUGGGUGUUUAAUUCUCCUGUUGAUGUUGAGACUCUUGGUUUGCAUGAUUAUUUUACUAUCAUCACUCAUCCAAUGGACUUGGGAACUGUGAAGACAAGGCUGAACAAGAAUUGGUACAAAUCACCAAAGGAGUUUGCGGAGGAUGUGAGACUCACUUUUCGUAAUGCCAUGACAUAUAAUCCACAGGGACAAGAUGUUCAUAUUAUGGCAGAGCUUUUAUCAAAGAUAUUCGAGGACAGAUGGGCUAUAAUCGAGUCAGAUUACAAUCGGGAGAUGAGAUAUGGCUUUGAUUAUAGGGCAGCUCCCCCUGCACCCUCACCUUUGUCUAGAAGGGUUUCUGCAUUUACACCACCACCUCUUGAUAUGAGAAGGAUUUUGGAUAGAUCAGAUUCAAUGACACAGACUCCAAGACUCAUGAGCAUCACUCCAUCCAGUAGAACUCCAGCUCCAAAAAAGCCAAAGGCAAAAGAUCCUCAUAAAAGAGACAUGACAUUUGAGGAAAAACAAAAACUAAGCACUAACCUUCAAAGUUUGCCUUCAGAGAAGCUUGAUGCUAUUGUACAAAUCAUUAAGAAGAGAAAUUCAGCACUUAAUCAACAUGACGAUGAAAUUGAAGUGGACAUUGAUAGUGUGGAUGCUGAGACUCUCUGGGAGCUUGAUAGAUUUGUUACCAACUAUAAGAAAAGUUUGAGCAAAAACAAAAGGAAGGCUGAACUUGCUCGAGCUAGAGCAGAAGCUUUGCAGCAGAAUGCCAUCCAGAAGAGUCAGGCACCAGCUAUGGCAGAGAUUCCAAAAGAAACACAAACAGAUGAAAGGAGUCUUCCCCAACCCUUGCCUGUGCAAGGGAGAAAUCAAGCGGAUAAUGGGAGUAGGUCAAGCAGUUCCAGUAGCUCCAGCAGUGAUUCUGGUUCUUCUUCAAGUGAUUCUGAUAGUGACAGUUCCUCAGCAUCUGGAUCUGAUGCAGGGUCGCAAGGGACCUGACUAUGCUCUGUCAGAUCUCAGAUUUUUAGAGUAGAUAGUGUCUUGAUGCCAGCCUAUUUUGGUUUUUUGAAGCUUCCAGAUUAUGGAUUUUAGUGUAACAGUCGGGUUAUAAAGGAAGCGUUCUGAAGGCCGUGGGUGAUCCUCCUGAUGCAGCCUGGGAUUUUUUCUUCCCAUUUGUUUGAACUGCUACUCCAAUGCUAAUCGUGGCCUUGUUGGAAUUCUUGACACAAAUUCUUGUAUAAUAUUUGGUAGGAUGUGAUGAUAGUUAGGUAGCUAGAUUUCCGUAGCAUAUGUACAUUGCUAACUACUGCUGCGCAUUGAGUUCCAUUUAUAACUUAUUUUUUACUUUUGUGCUAGCAGAUUCAAGAUCUUGGUAUCAUAUGAAGAUAAUAUGUAAUUCAUUCGUGAAAUCUCAUUCCGUGUAGUUUACAAACUAUGAAAAAUCCAACUGAGGAUCUAAUCGUAGUUAGUUAACUGUGUCUGUCAAAUGACAA